CCUUGACUUACCUCUAGAAAUAACGAGGGUCCUGCGUCCCACCAGCUCUCAGGGCUUCAGGCCAGGAUCCUCGGCGAUGUUACCGCGAAAGAGGGGAUCUGCCCGCCUCAGGCCUCCCCCGGCGUCGCCCCCGGCGAGCAAAGAGCUACACCUGGAGAGGCGCGGCGGCCGGCACCUUUGUGGAGCCGCCAUUCCUCUCCGGAGACGAUUAAGGGUUUUCUGAUCCGAAGGAGCCACCGAUUGUCAGGUACACCCCCCAAAGUGUUUGUUCGUUUUCCCUAUUUUAAACCUUUGACUCUGUAGAUUGACCCUUUGACCCCAGGCGCGAUCAAGCACCUCCCAUUUUCUUUUGCCGGGAGGUGGGGGUCUCUGGCCGAACAGGAAGGCAAGUCUUCGUCCGCCGCAGCAGCGCCUAGAGUUUCUGGCCGUAAUCGCAGGAGUUUAUCGGACAGCUUUCUACUGCUGUAUUGAGAGUCAUUAGAAGUGUUUCUCUAGUCUGCCCCGGGGCCCGCGGGCGCUGGGACUGCCUGGCGGCGCGGAGCGAGCGGGAGGGCGGCUGACGGGUUUAGGGCCCAGACGCGGCGGCCGCAGGGCACUAGGAGAGGCGCGCGCGGGCCCGCGGGCCGGGGGUUAUUUCAGUGCGUGGGGAGGGCGGCCCGCGGCCUAGUCUGGGGUUAAGCGGCUUCUCCCGUGCCGGAGAGAGAGCCAAGAGCAGGCGGCUGGACGCGGGACGCCCUCCUAAGCUCCAGAGAGUUCCCUUCCUCGGUGACCAGCAGAAGAGGGGGCGAACAUGAAAUCCAAUCCUGCCAUCCAAGCCGCCAUCGACCUCACCGCGGGGGCCCUUGGGGGCACAGCAUGCGUCCUGACCGGGCAGCCCUUCGACACAAUGAAAGUGAAGAUGCAGACGUUUCCUGGCCUGUACAAGGGCCUCGUCGACUGUGGCCUGAAGACGUACUCCCAGGUGGGCUUGCGGGGCUUCUACAAAGGGACCGGCCCCGCGCUGAUGGCCUACGUCGCCGAGAACUCAGUCCUCUUCUUGUGCUACGGCUUCUGCCAACAGUUCGUGAGGAAAGUGGUUGGAUUGGACACGCAGGCGAAGCUGAAUGAUCUGCAGACUGCGGCCGCUGGUUCCGUCGCCUCUGCGUUUGCCGCGCUGGCCCUGUGCCCCACUGAGCUGGUGAAGUGCCGGCUGCAGACCAUGCACGAACUAGAGAUGUCAGGGAGGAUAGCAAAAAGCCAUAAUACAGUUUGGUCCGUCGCGAAGAGUAUCCUUAGAAAGGAUGGCCCCUUGGGCUUCUACCACGGACUCACGAGCACUCUGUUUCAAGUAGUACCAGGCUAUUUCUUCUUCUUCGGUGGCUAUGAACUGAGCCGCUCGUUUUUUGCCUCGGAUGGAUCAAAAGAUGAACUAGGCCCUGUCCCCUUGAUGUUAAGCGGUGGAAUUGCUGGAAUUUGCCUUUGGCUUGUCAUAUACCCAGUGGAUUGUAUCAAAUCCAGAAUUCAGGUUCUUUCCAUGUUUGGAAAACAGGCAGGAUUUAUCAGAACUCUUUUAAGUGUUGUGAAAAAGGAAGGAGUAGCAGCUUUAUAUUCUGGUCUGAAAGCUACUUUGAUUCGAGCGUUCCCUGCCAAUGCGGCACUAUUUUUGGCUUAUGAAUACAGCAGGAAGAUGAUGUUGAGCCAGUUUGAAGCACACUGAAGUGUCUUGGUGAAUCUGGAUCCAAGUACACGCCUUUGAGGACUAUAAUUUAACUCAGAGUUUCAUGGAGCACUGGACCAGUGUGGUAUUAUUUUUGACUUCAUGGGAACUUUGCUUUUGUCUUCCCUGCUUAUAUGCUAAAUCUUAACCUUUAUGGA